AUGGUCGGAGGCGGAGGGCGGGUGGUAAGGGUACUAAAUGUGGCUGAAAAGCCGUCGGUGGCCAAGGCAGUGUCGGGGAUACUAUCGAAGAACCAACCGGGUGGCAUGAGAGUAAGAGACGGACGUUCCAGGUACAACAAAAUCUUUGAGUUCAACUACACCAUUCGGAACCAGCCUUGCCAGAUGCUGUUCACAUCCGUCACAGGCCAUCUCAUGGAGCUUGAGUUUGACGAGCGUUACCGGAAAUGGCACUCGUGUGACCCGCUCGACCUCUAUAAUGCGCCUGUUCGGAAGUUUGUCCCUGAGGAUAAGUUGGAUAUCAAAAGGACACUGGAGGCAGAAGCCAGAAGUUGUCAGUGGAUUAUAUUGUGGCUCGAUUGUGAUAGAGAAGGAGAAAACAUUGCAUUUGAAGUGUUGGAUGUAUGUAGACAAGCGAAUCAUAACCUUAAUGUGUGGAGAGCUCGGUUCUCUGCCUUAAUUGACAGGGAAAUUCACCAAUCAGUGCAGACCCUUGUUCAGCCAAAUCAGUUAUUUUCUGAUGCUGUAGAUGUUCGGCAAGAGAUAGAUCUUCGUAUUGGAGCUUCUUUCACAAGAUUUCAGACAAUGCUUCUGAGAGGUGCAUUUGUCCUUGAUUUUGCUACAGAUGAUAGAAAUCUUGUCUUAAGCUAUGGUCCCUGCCAGUUCCCUACACUUGGCUUUGUUGUGGAGCGGUAUUGGGAGAUACAAGCACAUGAACCUGAAGAAUUUUGGACAAUCAACUGUACUCACAACUCGGAUGAAGGCACUGCUACCUUUAACUGGAUGCGUGGUCAUCUGUUUGAUUACACAUGUGGAGUAACGAUUUAUGAGAUGUGCAUCCAGGAACCCAUUGCAACAGUUACCAAGGUCAAACAACAGGAGAAACUCAAAUACCCCCCUCAUCCUUUAAGUACAAUUGAGCUUGAAAAGCGUGCAUCCAGAUACUUCCAUAUGAGUUCUGAGCAGACAAUGAAGGUAAACUAUGGUAUAAAGUUUACAUGGAUCAUGUGA